AUGAUGGACGACUUCGUCAGCGAGUCGGAUAGCGACUACACAAGCUACUGGCGAGACUGGUUCAUCUCCUCGCGGGGCAACGAGUACUUCUGCGAGAUUGACGAAGAUUACCUUACUGACCGGUUCAACCUGACUGGGUUGAACACGGAAGUACAAUACUACCAAUACGCCCUUGACCUCAUCACCGACGUUUUCGACCUGGAUUGCGACGAUGAGAUGAGGGAGACGAUUGAGAAGUCCGCGAGGCACUUGUACGGUCUGGUACACGCCCGCUUCAUUGUCACGACGAGAGGCCUUGCGAAGAUGCUCGAAAAGUACAAAAAGGCCGACUUUGGCAAAUGCCCCCGCGUCAUGUGCCACUCGCAUCCGCUCCUACCUAUGGGCCUCGCCGACAUCCCAAAUAUGAAGCCCGUCAAACUCUACUGCGCCCGCUGCGAGGACAUCUAUAACCCCAAGUCUUCGCGUCACGCCGCCAUCGACGGCGCUUACUUUGGCACCUCGUUCCACAACAUCAUCUUCCAGGCCUACCCGGCCCUUAUCCCUACCAAGAGCGCCGAGCGCUACGUCCCGCGCGUCUACGGCUUCAAGGUCCACGCUCCAGCCGCCCUCAUCCGGUGGCAGCACCAGAAGAAGGAUACGAUGCGCCGCCGUCUACGCAAGAUGGAGGUUGACAGCGGCUUCCGCGAUGAGGACGUCCUUGAGGAGGAGGAGGAGGAGGAUGACGUUGAGUUUGAGGGCAUAGAGACUGCCCGCCCGGCCGGUGCCGAUGAGGGCGUGGCUAUGACGUGA